AUGUCUCAAUUGUCCAAACAGAUUGAAUCUGAUUCCUGUCAAAAAAAUCUUGUCGAAGUCCUUCGUAUUAGUAGUAAAACCAAUGCUACCACAAGAAGACGACGAUGGACUUUAUUUAAUGCAAGAGACGCGGAAGAGGCGGCCGAGCUCACCAGGACCUAUUACAAAUUAGCUAAUGACAAAACCCAGAAUGACCCCAUUAAAGCAGUUUUAAAGAAAGCAGCUGAAGAUGUUAAGAGUAAAGAUCCUCAGAUGGUUCAACACGCUUUAAUGACAUUCGUUUCGCAUCAUCCUGAUGCGAGAAAAAGAAACCUUCGCAUCCCACCAUUGACUCAUCGUGGUCCAGGCCUUAGCAUACCAAAGAAUCUUUCCCUCGCCGCACCGGAGCAACCAACAAGCUGCAAAGUUGACCUUUCCGGAGAAGAUCUUCUUUAUUACUGGCGCGAGGAUCCAAAUUUCAACGAGCAUCACGAACAUUGGCAUAUCAUCUACCCAGUUUUGAGUGAUGAUCCGGAACACCCCGAGGACAAGACCAAGAGAUUCACCAAAGAUCGACAAGGUGAAAUUUUCGCCUAUAUGCACAGACAAAUGGUCGCAAGGUAUGACGCCGAGCGUAUUGGAGUUGGUUUGAAACCAGUCAAACCCUUGGACAACUACAAUGAAAUCAUCCCGGAGUCCUACAACCCCAGUAGUCACUUGGUCGAUAGCGAGGAUGCAUCAAGUUACUCGGCUCGCCCAGCUAAAGAGAAAUUGAAGGAUGUUACUUUCCAUAAUGCAGAAGGUCAGGAAGAAGGUACUGUCAAGGUUUCGGAGUUGAAGGCUGGCCGCGACCUUUUGGUCAAAACCAUUGAACAAGGCUAUUUCGAUGAUCCCAACAAGACUAAGCUCACUCCACAUUUAAUUGGUCUUGCCAUUGAGUCCGGCCUUGCCAGAGAAAAAGGAUUCGAGAAGUAUGGUCCUUUCCACGAUAAUGGUCAUAUUUUGCUAGGUUUUGUCACAGAUAAACCAGGAGUGAUGGCCGACGUUCGUGUCGCAGCCCGUGAUCCAAUAUUUUGGAGGUGGCAUAAGCACGUGGAUGAUUUGUAUAAUCGUUAUCAGGAGAAACUUGGGCCCCAUAAUUUCAACGAUUGCCCACCGGUGAAGAUAUGCGCGAACGGUAUUAUAUUAACGUUCAAAGACAAGAUCCCAAAUAUCAAAGGAUUAAAAGAUCCACAGCAAGAUGAUGCAGUUGCUAAAUGGGGUGAGUGUGAAUUUGGUCGGGAAAAAUUCGAUAAAGAUCCGAAUCCCCAGUUUGCGACCAAUACUUUGGAAACGAAGAUGAAGAAGAGAAAAUGGACGUGGAUCGAGGAUGAUAAAAAAUCUUCGGACAUCGCCGUUACAUUCCGUGUAUUCUUCGCACCCGAUGAAUUUGUCGACAAAAACCAACACUGGAUAGAAUUGGAUAAGUUCAAACAAGAGCUUCCCGCGCAGAAGAAGGUUGUGAUAACACGCGAUUGCGAUCGAUCAUCGGUCGUGAGGCAACCACCACAAAAGACGGAGAGCGAAUUGGACGAUAUUAUAUCAUCCAAAAGCAUCGAUGGAGACAAAUACUGUGAUUGUGGAUGGCCGUUCCAUAUCUUGUUGCCACGAGGAACGCGCAAUGGGCUGAAGGGGAAAUUAUUGGUGUUCAUCAGCGAUUGGACGAAAGACGAAGUCCCACAGGCCACCAGAUGCGGCAGUUUGUCACUGUGCGGGGCGGAAAAACCAAAGGACAAAUAUCCCGAUAAAAGAUCACUUGGGUAUCCGUUUGAUCGACCCUUUAAGAAUUGUUCGUUCGAAAAGACUUUCCAAGGGUUGAGAAACGUUGCGUAUAGGAAUGUUUCCAUCCGCUGGGUCGAUGAUUUUCCCGAUUUCACGGUUUAA